AUGCCGCCGGACACAACGAAGGCCAAGUUGAAGCGCAAGUCAAGCCGCAGGGAGGGAGACGACUUCCGAUUUGAUGGCGGCCAUGCGCGCGAGAUCGAACAGAAAAGGAGUAAUGGGCAGAUCUCUUGCGCCGAGUGUAGGAGGCUCAAGAUAAAGUGUGACAAGCAGAUACCCUGCCAGUCAUGUCAGGCAAGUUGUGCUGCACUGUGUCCCAAUGGCAGCUUGGCUACUGGACAGGGGACUCGCUUCGUGCUCGCAGCAACUGAGCAUCUUCAUCGUCAGAUAGCCAAUAUGAGUGGACGUAUCCGCCAAUUAGAAGACGCUCUUGGGGUCCUCCAGUCACACCAUUCAACAGAACCCCACCCCCUCCUUCGUGACGACCUUCGUAGCGCGGAUCAAAAGGAUGAAUUUAGCUCCAUCACUCUCCCCGCUGAUAAUGCUGCGGGACCGUCGAAUCCUCCAGAGAUUCUCGAUGGAUUUGGAACACUUUCGAUCACUGAUCACGGUAUAUCACGUUUUUUCGGUCCUACAGGCGGAUCCGAAUGCUUGUUGAUGUCGGAUAAAACCAUUAUCAAAAGUGACAGCACAGAUGCUUCUAGUCCCGAAUCCGAAAGGGAUUCAAUGAGCCCUGGGCUACCGCCGUCAUUUAGGAUGUUUUCGCCGGCCUUCCCUUUCACCCCUAUGGGCCCAACAGCAGCUAUUCAGAAAUUGAUAGAAAGUCAUCUACCAUCUUUGGACCGGGCCAAGUACCUUGUGCAGGUUUAUUUUGAACAAGCUGGUUGGCUAUUUCACACAGUGUCUGAAGAACAAGUGAUGGAGGAGUUACUCCCAAUAUAUUACUCAAAUAACACUGCGACGCCGCCGGACGAACCCAGAGGAGCUUAUGAUCUCGGUCUUCUUUUACUUGUCUUCGCUAUCGGAGCUCUCGUGGACCUUAAGCAGAAUGCUACCAGCCCUGAGGCUGAACACUACCAUCAACUUGCCCGCGCUAGCAUCUGUUUGCAGCCGGUCUUGGAGAAGCCCUCCUUGACUACUGUUCAGGCACUUCAUCUGUUGGGUGGUUACAACGCUAUGAGCGGCAGUGAAUUGGAGUUGACAUGGUCAUUGGUCAUCCUUGCCGCGCAUCUUGCCCAAACUGUGCAUCGGGAUAGUGCCAAGUGGGGUCUUCCUACCAAAGUAGUGCAAAGACGGCGCAUUGUCUUUUGGGAUCUCUUCAUUGCUGAUGCCUGGGGUAGCUUAAACAACGGUCGCCCGCCGACCUUUUCUUUAGCUUACAUCGACUGCCGUCUCCCUGAGUUUCCAGCUUCUGCCGGAAAUGACGGGGAACCUGAUUAUGCGGCUGCUGCUGCUGCAGAAUUCUCGUCAUGGGCUAUUAGGUAUGCGGCUGACUGCGUCGCAGAAGUCGCUACGCGUACGUUGACGGCUGAAGCGCCGAAUUAUGCGGUAAUCAUGGAAAUCGAUCGCAAAGUUCGCGAGUUUCCAUUCCCAGAUGUUCCUCCCUCGGCAUUAGAUAUGUCUCCACCUCCAAUGACAUCUCCAAUUCCUGAGGCACCACUGGCACAAUCAAUGGGCCGUCUUGUGCUGUCUCACUCUCGGGAAACUCGUAAGCAAACUGCCUUUGCUAUCAUUGAUAACCCUGUGAAUCCAUUAAAGAGCACAUACGCCCCAUCAUUCCUGGCUGCUUACCGGUCGUCUCAGACGAUACUGCGAACCAUCCAACAAGCAUUCCAUGAACAUCCUAGUCCCUGCGCUCGCUUUUGGACUAUCUGGACUUUCGCAUUUUCUGCAGCCAUCGUCUUUGGGACAAUUAUUACUCGAGGCCCACAAUCUCCACUGGCGUCCAAUGCCAUGAAGGAGCUGGAUGGUGCCUGCCUUCUUUUUCAAAGAGCAGCUUCACAUAGCAAACGUGCUGCUCAAGCUCUACCAAUCCUUACCAAACUGUGCGAGAAAGCGCACUUAGCCCUCGCUGCUGCUCAGAAUGAACGGUCAUCACAACAGCUCGGCCAGCAGUGGAGCGUAAAGGUGGAGCAAGAUGAUGAUGAACUCGAAAUCUUUGCUGGAAGAACUAGAUUCGUUUCAGCUAAAAGACCUACAAGUCUCCCUGCAGACUAUUUGGAGGCUUCUUCUAACAGCAACACAUAUCUACCAACUAGUUCUACCGAACAACAAACCACGCAAAUGUAUCGCCCGGAGCCUGCAGUUGAUUGGGCCUCGGACCGUGGUGGUCGUUUUGAUAUGCUUCAUCCAAGCAAUGUCACUGUACCUAGUGCAAGCACUAACCUUUCGACCCAGCUAUGGCGACAGUCCCAGAGCUCUGAUUAUCCUUAUGCUCCCCCGCAUCAUGUAUCUCAUUCAGCUGCAUCACACGUGCACCCUGUGCAACACGCUUUAGCACCUAUUUCAGGGUCAUCCACUUACUGGCCCCCGGCGAGCGAAACCUCGCAGCAAUAUAGUCAGCCUCCGCUUGCAGCUCCUCAGUCGCACGCUUAUCAGUACAACCCAUCUUCUGCUGGCCCAUACCAAGGCCAACAAAGCCGACCACUACCUACGGAGCUCACUGGACUUGGCCUGGUAUCACAGGAUUCAAGACUUGAUGAACGUUGGACCUCCUUUAUGCGGGAUUCUGGUUAUUUCGAUGGUGUUGGGUUCAGAUCACAGUGAACUGAAGAAUUCUUCUUUUAUUCUUCCACAGCCUUUGUAUCGAUUUCGUUGUUAAUUU